AUGGCCAGGCCGGCGGCGCUGCUCCUCUUCCUCGUCCUCUUCGCCUUUGAGGCCGGGGAGCUUCCACGCUGCUCUGCCUCUGCUGCUGCAGGUAAACCAGCCGUCCUCGUGCACGACUUGAGUCCGGUUCAGGACACCAACCCCAUCGCGACAGUCCCCUCCAAUAACCCGACGCCCACCAUUAUCACCGUGCCUUCCACGAAUCCCACCAUCACCAUCCCUUCCUUGAACCCUCUGCCCACGCCCAUUACAGCCCCCUCAACAAACAUCCCUUCUCCUUCUUCCACCAUGCCGCCGCCGGUUCCAGUCAUAUAUCCGCUGCCAACGCCGUCAACCUCCUUCCCACCUACCGUGCCGGUCACCAAUCCUGCUGUCACCACACCUUCCACGUCCCCUCCGUCCACACCAAUACCAUUCAACAACCCACCGGUGUCGAACCCGACACCGACUCCUGCUCCUACAGUCACAGCUCCGGGUGCAUCAGGCCGGCAGGUCUGGUGUGUGGUCAAGGCUGCUGGCUCAAGUGACCCCGCGCUCCAGAAUGCGUUGGACUAUGCGUGCGGCAUUGGUGGAGCAGAUUGUUCAGCGAUUCAGCCGUCGGGGAGCUGCUACUAUCCGAAUACCAUCCAAGCCCAUGCGUCCUAUGCUUUCAACACUUAUUACCAGAGGAACCCUGUGCCUUCCAGCUGCGACUUUGGGGGGGCAGCAAUGCUCGUCACUGCUAAUCCGAGCUCAGGGAGCUGUGUGUUUGCAUCAUCAGCACUAUCAUCAAGCUCUACUGCUGGAUAUGAUCCUGCGUCCAUGACUAAUCCAUUGUCAUCGUCGUCUGGUUCCGACUCGGGAGCACCGGUGCUGAAUGCCAGCGGGGCAGGUUCUUCUGAAUCAUCAGAUUUCGGCUUCGACAUCCCAGGAGCUGUCAAUUUGGGCAGCGGUUGGAGCUGCUGGUCUGCGACACAAAGGAAUGGAAGGGAAAUCUCUAACCAAGGCACGCGUAAAAAUGUUAAUAUCGUCAAUAGAUUAACAUGUUUGAAUCCAUAA